UUAGCGGCAUUUAAAAUGGGAUCAUUUAGACGUGAUAAAGAUGAAGAAGAUGAAGGAGUCUCUGGUAUGUAUAAUAAUUUAGAAAAAACAGCAUUGCUUCAAGAAACUCGUGCAUUCAAUGAAACGCCAGUAAAUGCAAAGAAAUGUACGCAAAUAUUAACAAAAAUCCUCUAUAUAAUAAAUCAAGGAGAGCAGCUUGUGACUCGAGAAGCAACCGAUUGUUUUUUUGCAAUGACUAAACUUUUUCAAUCUAAAGAUGUAGUUUUGAGAAGAAUGGUUUACUUAGGGAUCAAAGAACUUAGUUCAACUGCUGAAGAUGUGAUUAUUGUUACGAGUUCUUUAACGAAGGAUAUGACUGGAAAAGAAGAUUUAUAUAGGGCAGCUGCUAUAAGAGCGCUUUGCAGUAUAACUGAUAAUACAAUGCUUCAAGCAGUUGAAAGAUAUAUGAAACAAUGUAUUGUUGAUAAAAGUGCCGCAGUUUCUAGCGCUGCAUUGGUGAGUUCUUUAAAACUGGCAGGAACUGCUGGUGAUGUUGUAAAAAGAUGGGCUAAUGAAGCUCAGGAAGCUUUAAAUAGUACUAAAAUUAUGGUGCAAUAUCAUGCAUUGGGUCUUUUAUAUCACAUUAGGAAAUCUGAUCGCCUAGCUGUUUCCAAACUUGUAAACAAAUUAACACGAAGCCCAAUGAGUAGUCCGUAUGCAGUUUGUAUGUUGAUUCGUAUUGCAUGUAAAUUGAUUGAUGAAGAAGAUAUAUCUAUUGAAGAAUUAGGUGACUCUCCAAUGUUUACAUUUAUUGAAUCUUGCCUUCGACAUAAAAGUGAAAUGGUUGCUUACGAAGCAGCUCAGGCUGUUGUUAAUUUAAAAAAUACAAAUGCGAGAAUUUUGGCACCUGCUUUUAGUGUAUUGCAACUAUUCUGUAGUUCUUCGAAAGCUACUUUACGUUUUGCCGCGGUGCGAACACUAAAUAAAGUUGCAAUGUUACAUCCAGCUGCUGUUACAACAUGCAACCUUGAUUUAGAAGGACUAAUAACGGACUCAAAUCGCUCUGUGGCAACGUUGGCAAUAACAACUUUACUUAAAACCGGAGCUGAAAGUUCCGUAGAACGUUUAAUGAAACAAAUUUCAUCAUUUGUUGCAGAAAUUUCAGAUGAAUUCAAAGUGGUUGUUGUACAAGCGAUUUGUGCUUUAUGUACAAAAUAUCCUCGAAAACAUACCGUAUUAAUGAAUUUCUUAAGUGGAAUGUUAAGAGAAGAGGGUGGUCUUGAAUAUAAAACGUCUAUUGUAGAUACAAUAAUAACCAUAAUCGAAGAUAAUGUUGAAGCAAAAGAAUCCGGUCUUUCCCAUUUGUGCGAGUUUAUUGAAGAUUGUGAACAUACUUCACUUGCUGUAAGAAUCUUGCAUUUACUGGGAAAAGAGGGUCCAUUUUCGAAUAAUCCAUCUAAAUAUAUUCGAUUUAUUUAUAACAGAGUGAUUUUGGAGAAUCCGACAGUGCGCGCUGCUGCUGUCUCUGCCUUAGCACAAUUUGCAGCUUCAUGUCCAUCACUGUUGAAAAACAUUCUUGUACUGCUGGGGAGAUGUCAAAUGGAUCAUGAUGAUGAAGUUCGAGAUAGAGCAACAUAUUAUUUGUAUUUACUUCAACAGAAUAAAGCAGAAAUUAGUAAAAAGUAUAUUAUCGACAAAUCCACUUGUUCUUUGCCAUUAUUAGAGAAAGCAUUGGUUGAACAUUUGCAAGGAAAUUUGGAUGAACCGUUUAAUUUGGAAAUUGUUCCGAAAACCGCUAUUAUAAAAGAAGAUUCGCCAACUGAUCCAAUGCUUAUUUCCAAUAUUCACAAAGCUCCUAAACUAACGAGAGAAGAAGAAAGUGCUGAAAGAUUAUCACAAAUACCAGGUUUGCAUCGACUUGGUCCAAUUCAUAAAACAUGUGCUCCAGUACAAUUAACUGAAAGUGAAACAGAAUAUACUGUGCAAUGUUUUAAACACAUAUUUGCAAACUAUAUUGUAUUUCAAUUUGAUUGCUUAAAUACUUUGCCCGAUCUAUUAUUAGAAAAUGUACGGGUAGAUCUUACAAUACCAGAAGGUUUUAUCGCAAGAGCUCAGAUUCCAUGCCAAAAAUUAUCGUAUAAUUCUAUGGGUUCAACUUAUACUUUAGUUGAAUUUCCACCGGAUAUUGGAAGUAGUGUUGGCGCAUUUGGAGCGGUACUUCGUUUCGUUGUAAAAGAUUGUGAUCCUAAUACUGGCAUGCCUGAUUCUGACGAUGGUUAUGAUGAUGAAUACAUGCUCGAGGAUUUAGAAAUAACAGUUGCUGAUCAAGUUCAACGGUUAAAAAAAAGUAAUUUUGCUGCCGCUUGGGAUGCUGCAGAUAGCGCAGAAUGGGUAGAGGCUGAAGACACGUACGCAUUAUCAGCUGUUAGUACUUUACAAGAAGCAGUUGUAAACAUAUUGAAGUUCUUAGGUUUGACUGCUGCAAAUUGGUCAGAAAAAGUUGCUGAUGGUAUGAACACACACACAUUACUCUGUUCAGGUACAUUCCGUAACGGCGCAGAAGUAUUAGUAAGGUCUAAAUUGGCUUUAUCAGAUGGUGUAACAAUGCAAUUAACUGUCCGUACUACGGAUAUAGACGUGGCAGAGUUGGUUACGUCAGCAAUAGGUUGAUUCUUAUACUUCACUAAACCGAUUUACUUUAAACAUUCUUAUUUGUCCUUAUAAUAAUAAUAUUAAUAUGUUACAAUAAAGUAGGAGAAAAAAGAUUUCGUUUCUUAUUUUGCAUAAAAUAAAAUUUUAAAAAUCUGUGUA